AUGGACGUCAAGGAGGGCGGAAAUUCCGAGGAAGUCAUCCAGCGGGUGCAGGAGGUCUGCACGAAGGCGGAAAUACCAUCAUCCGCACGCCUCGUGGCGGACACGCUGGAAGUAAAGCUCCUCGAGGUCGACCCUUUAGCGGAGGCGUCGGACGUGGCGAAGGCGGUGCAGAGCCUGACGCAGGAGAGGGUUCCGAAGUCCGCCGUCCACCUGACGGAGUUUUGGAACGGCACGCUGAUCGCCUACGUGCGGGUGUCGACGCGGGCAGCGGAGAAGCUGGAGAACCAGCAUGUUCGAGUUCUCCACAUGUCCUGCGUCGCGACGAAGGUGCCACCGCUGACGCGGAGCAAGAUGCGGUGCUACCGGUGCCUGGAGUACGGGCAAAAGAAGGACGGGUGCAGGAGCCCGGAAGAUCGAUCGGCAGCGUGCUUCCGCUGCGGUCAGCCGGGUCACGUGACGAGGACCUGCAACGCGAAGAUCUGCUGUGCGGUCUGCAAGGGCCCGCACCGGGUGGGACAUCCGUCCUGUCCUCGACGACAAUAA